GCUGGUUGCUGUCCUGUCAGCGGGCUGGGUGUGGUUUUCGCAGUGAGGGUACCGUUAGCAGGAAAUCAAGCUUUCAGUCCCUUUUCACUUUAAGGCUAAACAAAGAAAAAAAUACUCCAACGAGCGUGAGGCUGGGACCAACUCAUCCUGAAGCUAAAUCACGUUUAAUUGGCGCAGUUGUUCUGAUGGGAAAAAGUUUUCCGCUGGUUUCGCUAACUGCUCGUCUUUUUUACUAACUCUGUUUUUUAUCAAACCUGAACCGGACGUAAAAGAAAGGAAACAUGCCGAAGACGAUUAGUGUAAGAGUCACCACAAUGGAUGCUGAACUGGAGUUUGCCAUUCAGCCUAAUACAACAGGAAAGCAACUCUUUGACCAGGUUGUUAAGACCAUUGGCCUGCGAGAGGUUUGGUACUUUGGACUCCAGUACCAGGACACAAAGGGUUUCUCUACAUGGCUCAAGCUCAACAAGAAGGUGACGGCCCAGGAUGUGAGGAAGGAAAGCCCACUGCUCUUCAAGUUCCGUGCCAAAUUCUUCCCAGAGGAUGUUACAGAGGAGUUAAUCCAGGAUGCUACGCAGCGGCUGUUCUUCCUGCAGGUGAAGGAGGGAAUCUUAAAUGACGAUAUCUACUGCCCUCCAGAGACUGCUGUCCUGCUGGCCUCUUACGCAGUGCAGGCCAAGUACGCUGACUACAAUAAGGAAGUCCAUACACUAGGCUACCUGUCCAGCGAACAGCUGCUCCCUCAGAGAGUUCUGGACCAGCACAAACUCAGCAAGGACCAGUGGGAGGAGAGGAUUCAAGUGUGGCAUGAAGAGCACAAGGGCAUGAUUAGAGAGGAGUCCAUGAUGGAGUAUCUGAAGAUUGCUCAAGAUCUCGAGAUGUAUGGAGUCAACUACUUCAGCAUCAAAAAUAAGAAAGGAACAGAACUUUGGUUGGGUGUGGAUGCUUUGGGACUCAACAUUUAUGAACAGAAUGAUAAAAUGACGCCCAAAAUUGGAUUUCCUUGGAGUGAAAUCAGGAACAUUUCCUUCAAUGACAAGAAGUUUGUCAUUAAACCAAUUGACAAGAAAGCACCUGACUUUGUAUUCUAUGCCCCGAGACUGCGCAUCAACAAGCGCAUUCUGGCACUAUGCAUGGGCAACCAUGAGCUGUAUAUGCGUCGCCGCAAACCUGACACCAUUGAAGUGCAGCAGAUGAAGGCUCAGGCUCGCGAGGAAAAGAAUCACAAGAAGAUGGAGAGGGCUCUGCUGGAGAAUGAAAAGAGGAAAAGAGAAGCUGCAGAAAAGGAAAAGGAAAAGAUCGAAAAGGAAAAGGAGGAAUUAAUGGAGAGAUUAAAGCAGAUUGAGGAGCAGACGAAAAAAGCCCAACAAGAGUUGGAGGAGCAAACGCAGCGGGCUCUUGAGCUGGAGCAGGAGAGGAAGCGAUCUCAGGAGGACGCUGAACGUCUGGAGACUGACCUGAAAGAGGCUGAGGAUGCCAAGAUGGCGCUGCUGCAACAGUCAGAGAACCAGAUAAAGAACCAAGAGAACCUGGCCACAGAGUUGGCAGAACUGACUUCGAAGAUUUCCCUCCUGGAGGACGCCAAGAAGAAGAAGGAAGAUGAGGCAGUGGAGUGGCAACAGAAGGCCACCAUGGUGCAGGAGGACCUGGAGAAGACCAAAGAGGAGCUUAAAAACAAAGUGAUGUCAGCUCACGUUCAGGAGCCCCUCAAUGCCGAGAACGAGCACGACGAGAACGACGAGAGCAGCGCUGAGGCCAGCGCCGAGUUCACAUCCGCUGCCACGUACAAGGACCGCAGUGAAGAGGAGCGCAUGACCGAGGCUGAGAAGAAUGAACGUCUGCAGAAACAUCUACUUGCUUUAAGCUCAGAGUUGGCCAACGCUCGGGAUGAGACCAAGAAAACAGUGAAUGACAUGAUCCACGCAGAGAACAUGAAAGCAGGACGAGACAAGUACAAGACCCUCAGACAGAUCCGGUCAGGAAACACCAAACAGCGCAUCGAUGAGUUUGAAUGUAUGUGAUGUCUGCAUUCACUGUUGCAAAAGCCCACAGCGCUGGGCCUUUCUGCCUGGACUGCAGUCCUGCCUCACUCAAGCUGUUUGCUCUGUACCCAAAUAAAUCAGAUCCACAACAUGAAAUGGCUACUCAAGCACAGCAGUGUACAAAUAUGGAUCUGGAAAAACCCCAUUUGUUAUCAUUCCUAACUCUGAAUUUAGACAAGUCACUGGUUGAAAAGGGACAUACUGUAUUUUAUUAGUACAUUCCUCACAAGGAGUUUAUGUAGCAUAUUAGUUAUGGGCUUACGCCACAUUUCAUGACAUAUUGCGUUCUUUUUAUAUUUGUCACAUUUUUGUAUCACGAUUUCCAAAUAAACGGCUCAGAGACCAAUCAAAAUUUCAGUUUGAGAACUGUGCCUAUAGAAGUAUUUCUGCUGCAUACAAGCAGCAAGCUGGACAUUUAAGACCCUAAUGUUUCUCCCAUGACACAUUGCCAAUAGUUUGAAAAUGCACUGUAAUCUAAAUUAUGUGUGUAAUAUGACUCCAGUUAUUGUGUGGUGCAUCAAUAGAACAGUAUUUUUUUUUUUUGUUGCAAUUUUACAGUUUAUUUGACAUUUUAUUUGACUGUAUUCAGACUCUACCAACGGUUACAAAUCAAGCAGUAUUUACACCUUCUCACAAAGCGAUAUUAAAGAUCAAUUUCAUUUA